UUGUCGUUCUUGCCGUGUACAAGGGAGAAGACCAAUCGCCAAUUGACAAAGACGACGACCCAGAACGUUUCAAAUUCUAAUUCUUUCGAGGCGAGUCUUCUCCGUACUCGGUCUCUGCAACUGCAGGUACGUUGCCCGCACUGCCUAGGCAUUCCUGCAAUUUCCUUCGGUUCCGUGUCUGCGGAGGUUUGGAACCAGAGCACGAACGUUCACUGCAAAUCUUCGAAGACCAGAGGACACGCCAUUCCUUGGCAUCCCUUCAACUUCGCAGACCCAGAUGCCUUUAUAUAGUUACAGUUUCCGUCUCAUCCUUCACUUCGCUUCUCCUUUAGCCGUUGGAGCGAUCAGAAUACGCUGAAAAAACACUCAUCUCCACCCACUUGAUGUUUGCGCUGAGGCUCAGAAACAUCAGGCCUUUCAACCCACUCCUCCUCGCGCACCAGAUCUCCGUACCAAGACCAGCUGUCCAAGGCCACUUUUUCAGUGCUCUGACUCCUUGCAAGCGAAAGGAUUUAGUGGGUUUCACUCCUAGAGUGCCAUUUGCCAUCAGAUACACGUCCAUGAGCGCAUCAUCAGCUCAGAGGCCAGGCAUGGCUGAAAAUGAUGAUGGUGGGAUCGAGCAGAUUCAACUGCUCGAUGGGUCUCAGGAUUCAUAUGGAGGAGUCAUAGUGGAGAUGAAGGAGCAUAUGGAUGCGGAUGUCUUUGCCCCUUUGCUCCGAGCUUCAAUAUCAAGCUGGACACAACAGGGGAAGACGGGUGUGUGGAUCAAAUUGCCUAUUGAAUAUUCACAUCUUGUUGACAUUAUAGUGAAGGAAGGAUUUAGGUACCAUCAUGCUGAACCGAAUUACUUGAUGCUUGUUCGCUGGCUUCCUGAGACCACUGAUACUAUUCCUGUGAAUGCUUCACAUAGAGUGGGCGUUGGUGCUUUUGUCUUGAAUGGUAAAGGAGAGAUGCUUGUAGUCCAAGAGCAUACUGGAAGGUUCCAAGGUACGGGUGUAUGGAAACACCCCACUGGAGUUGUGAACGAGGGUGAGGAUAUAUGUCAAGCUGUUGUCAGGGAAGUAAAGGAAGAGACAGGAGUAGACACUAAAUUCGUCGAAAUCCUCUGUUUCAGGCAAAGCCACAAAUCAUUCUUCACAAAGUCAGAUUUGUUCUUCCUUUGCCUGCUUCAUCCAGAAUCAUCUGCUAUUGAGAAACAGAAUGUAGAGAUCGAGGCAGCCCGGUGGAUGCCAAUUGAGGAGUAUGCCGCACAACCUUUCAUUGUCGGAAACAAGCAAUUCAGUUUCAUGGCCAAGAUAUGCUUGGCGAAGGCUCAUCAUGGCUACCCUGGUUUCGCUGCUUUGGCCACGACUACUGGGAGGGGCAAAAGGACUUACGUUUACUGCAAUAACCCUGAAAUUGUGGAGAACUCCGGAAGUUCUCUUUAAUUCCUGGGUUGUGAGCCCCACGUGGGCCUCACGUGUAGGUCUUACAAAAUCAAAGGCUAGGAUGGACUCAGUCCAGUGGGCCUGGGACUAGGCAAGAAUUUUCCGGUUGUGAUGUUGCAUGAACGUUUGCUUCUUGUGUUAUGGAUGUACUGAAUAAGUUGAACGAAACAGCUUCAUAUCUUGUUUUUUUGUAA